AUCAAACUCACUUUGAAUCCAUAUAACUCGCCUCGUCGAGCUCUUGUGAGUGUUUCGCAAAUCUAGUGGUCUACAACGUGAUCAAUGCUGCGUCGACGUCUUCACGCCCUCUCCAUCGUCUUCCUGACCUAUCCAUUCGUUGCCUAUGCUACCCAGUCGCACCCUUUCCUGUCUGAUACCGUCGUCCAAGGGGACAAAGUCCAGAAUGUCAUGAAACACCAGCCAGUGAAGAAGCCAAUUUGUGAUCAAUACCUAACAGGUCCAAUCGAGACAACACUUUGCAACUACGAGAAUGUAGAAAGCGUGAACGAUGAGCUGUUUUCGCAAUUACAUGCUCUAGUGGAAACCCCGUUCUUCAAGUAUUUCCGCGUUGACCUCUAUCGCGACUGUCCCUUCUGGGAAGAGGACGGAACCUGCGCGAACAGAGAGUGUGGAAUAACCACAGUCGAUGAAAGCGAGAUACCAGAAAAGUGGCGGGCAGCCUCAUUGAGCAAGGUGGAGAUGCCUCCGGAUGGCCAGAGGACGCUACUACCUGGUUGCUACUAUCGUGACUCCGACUACUGUUUCCUCGAUGACAUGACAGAGGGCGAGUACGUUGACCUCACACUGAACCCAGAGCGUUUUACUGGCUAUAUUGGCCCUUCCGCGCACCGCGUCUGGUCAUCAAUCUACUCUGAGAACUGCUUUGGUCUGUCCGAAGUGAACCUUCACGAAUCGACAAAUCCCGCUGCCGUGUCGCUGCCGGAGCAUAAGGCGGAUGCCCUCCCUGCCGAAGGCGUGGAGAGCCCUAGGGAGUGCCUCGAGCAGCGCGUGUAUUACAAGAUUAUCUCAGGCCUGCAUACGAGCAUCUCAACGCACAUUUGCCACGAAAUGAUGAACCAGAGCACGGGUGAGUGGGGUCCGGACCUCCAAUGCUUCAUCAACAGAGUUGCAGCGUACCCCGAACGACUGCAGUUCAUGUACUUCGAUGAGGUGUUGCUCCUGCGUGCGAUUGCGCGGCUCGGGCCAUACCUUUCGGCGUACGACUACUGCGGCACGGAGACACACGAAGGCGAUGCGGAGACACUUGCCCGUCUGAAGAAGGUGAUCGACAUCGCACAGGCCGUCGGCAAGUUUGACGAGACAGCGCUCUUCCGCGGAGAGAACGCGAAUAUCCUGAAGGAGGAGUUCAAGGAGCACUUCCGGAACGUAACCCGCAUCAUGGAUUGUGUGGGCUGUGACAAAUGUCGUCUCUGGGGCAAGGUUCAAACAACUGGUAUUGCGACUGCACUGAAGGUUGUGUUCGAGCUAGACGAGAAAGCACUAGACCCUCGCCUGAACCAGAAUCUCCUUCAGCGGUCCGAGGUCGUUGCGCUGAUCAACACGCUACACCGUGUUUCCGAGAGUCUCGCGGCGGUGAACGAUUUCCGCAAGAUGUGGUCGGGCACGGAUACCCAGGAGGAGGCGCGACUGAUCAAGGCGGCCGCUUCGACUGCGACGAGCGCAUCGAAGGCACAGCGUUCACCUGUGACAGGAAAGCAGCUCGCCUGGAGCGGCAAAUUUAUGGAUGAUCUGGUCAGCUGGGUGCGGGCAUGCAAGGAUGGGACCGUGGACUGUGUACACGGGCUCGUGGACGUAUUCCAGAGCCUUCUGAGUGCCGUCAUGGACAUCUUUGCAUUAUCCGGGAAGGGUCAGGGAGCUAGAAGCGAUCUAUGAGCACGUAGACUGCCAGC